AUGGCGACUACCGAGGAAGCAGCAGCAGUAGCCUCUGCUACGACAACCAAUUCGCCAUCAACUGUCCCAACUCCCACCACAACCCCCGCCCCAACGACCUUCCCGCGUGUCCCUAUCCCACCCCGCGGCGUCGACUACCGGGGGAAACUAGUCCUCGCACCUAUGGUUCGCUCCGGCGAACUUCCCUCGCGCCUCCUCGCGCUGCACUACGGUGCCGACCUAGUCUGGGGCCCCGAAACGGUCGACCACUCCCUCAUUGGCGCCGUGCGCCGCAUCAACCCGCGCACGAACAUGGUCGAGUACACGCGCCAGGCCUCCCACUCCUACAGCCCGACCCACACGCAAAACAACGGCAACGACGGCGGCGUGGCGGAGUCGGUCAUCUACCGACUGGACCCGGCGCGCGAGAAGGGCAAGCUGGUGUUCCAGCUGGGCACGUCGGACGCGGGGCGGGCGGUGGCGGCGGCGCGGUUCGUGGCGGCCGACGUGGCGGGCAUCGACGUGAACGCGGGGUGCCCGAAGCCGUUCAGCGUGACGGGCGGGAUGGGCGCGGCGCUGCUGCGCACGCCCGAGAAGCUCGCGGGGAUCCUCGAGGCCCUGGUGCGCGAGGUCACGCCGGCCUGCGGCCUCGGCGUCAGCGUCAAGAUCCGCCUGCUCGAGACCGCCGCCGAGACCGAGGCGCUCGUGCGCCGCCUCGUGCGCACGGGAAUCACGGGCCUGACCGUCCACUGCCGCACCACGCCCAUGCGGCCGCGCGAGCGCGCCAUCCGCGGCCAGCUGCGCAUGGUGCGCGAGGUGUGCCACGAGGCCGGCGUGGCCUGCCUCAUGAACGGCGACGUCGAGAGCCGGGACCAGGCGGACGCGCUGGUCGACGAGUUCGGCGUGGACGGGGCCAUGAUCGCGACGGCCGCCGAGAAGAACCCGAGCUGCUUCCGGAGCGGGGCCGCGGGGGGGCUGGCGACGUGGCAGGAGACGACGGAGAAGUACCUGCGGUACGCGAUGGAGGUGGAGAACAAGAUGGCCAACACCAAGUUCCUGCUGGCGCAGAUGGUGCCCGGCAAGGCGUCCGUGUACAGGGGGCUGCACGCUUGCCGGUCGUACGUCGAGUACGUCGACACGCUCGGGCACGAGGGGAUGAGGGAGAUGGCGCGGGCGACAGACCGGGUGCUGGGGCUGGGCGAGUUUGCGGUCCAGCCCGAGCCGAAGAAGAAGAAUAAGAACAAGGGCCAGCAGAACGGCCAGGAGUCGAAGAAGCGGAAGAGGGAGGAUGUGAAGGAGGAGCCAGCGAAGAGGCCGGAGGUGACGGAGCCGGUGUCCGCUGCGGCGCCGGCGUCUCCAACAACUCAUACCCUCUUCCCUUGCGCGAGCAGGUCGGACACCUUGGGCGGCAGCACCAGCGCGCCCCUGUCGUUCCGCCGGUGGAAGUCGACCAGGGCAAUCGCCGUCUUCUCGGGGAGCAAGCAGCAGCAUCUUGCCGCCCCGUCCCGCGAGGAACUUCUUGCUGAGGCCGGUGAACCAGCCCUCCCAAAAGGGCUGCGUCUUGGCCAGGUCGGAGCGGGUGUGGGGGUGGGUUUUGUGCGGGGGAGGAGCACGGAGGCGAACUCGGUUACUACCGCGCCGCCGAGGGAGUGGCCUACUAGGAGGAUGGGCGGCAGCGAGGGCCAGUGCAUGGCGGACUGGGUGAGGGUCAGCACGGCCAGCAGAUCAGACGCGAGAGUGGUGAGCGAGAGAUCUGCCGUGUCGUCCUUCCCGUCCCCUUCCUCCUCGCUCGGUGACUUGGACGAAGUGGUAGUCAACCCAUGCCCCCUCGCGUCAAGCGACAGGAUCCCCGCGGCGGGAAGACGCUUCCUGAUCUCGGCCCCUAGCACGGCAAAGGACAAGCCUGAGCUGCCGGCGCCGUGGUGCGUGACAAACAGCGGGCCACCCGGUUUGCCCGGGCCGGAGGAAGGCGCCGGAGAAGUCAGGUAG